ACAACUAUAAUCCCCGACCACCAAUGAACAUGUGUACGCGGUUUGUUUUACGUAUUUAAGCCAGUCGUCUGUAUCUAAUGUGAUUUGUCCGCGAUGUCAUUCUGAAUAGAAGCGGACGUUAAGUCCAAAUGGACUUUAUUUAAAGGGUUCUUAUAUCUGGAAACAACCCAAGAUUUUGUUUGUGACGGGAAAAGUGUUUUUGCAAACACAUUCUUUUACCUCUUGUAAGAAUCGGGGAAAAAAAGAUUCAGAUAUAACCGAAUUUCUUUUUUCUCACCAAACCAAAAACCAUAACUCAUGUGAAACCAUGCGGGUCGAUUAAAUUGUAGUGAUAAAAAGUUAAUCGAUUAUUCCGAACCAGAAAAACUUUUCUAGGUGUUUUAUGCUAAUUUAAGGAACAUAAAGAGUGUAGUGUGUGCGAUUAUGGGCACUACGUUUCAAGUCACGUGUCAAGUAGGGUGGACGUAGAUUUCAUGCUGUUAAAACUCUGUCAAUUAUAGUCCGUCACUCAAUCUUGGAUUAACUAUUGUUCCUGUUAGAGAGCGUUAGAAAUGGUGGUGGCGAUCACAGAUUUUAUUUUUUAUUUAAUAAGUUUUAUUGUAGUGACCUAUGCCAAUAAUAAAAGCGAUGAUACGACAGCCUUGUUAGACAGAAUAUUACAAGGAUAUGAUAAACGUUUAAGACCAGGAUUCGGGGGUCUUCCGACAACUGUUAAGACAGAUAUUAUGGUAAGAUCGAUGGGGCCUAUAUCUGAAAAGAAAAUGAUAUAUUCGAUGGAUUGCUAUUUUAGACAAUAUUGGAUUGAUAAAAGAUUGUCCUUUAAUGCUAGUGUUGAACCCAUAAAUCAAGUGACGUUAAAUGUUAAAAUGCUGAACAAGAUUUGGGCUCCAGACACGGUCUUUUUAAAUGGCGGACAUUCUUACGUGCAUAUGAUUACGUCACCAAAUAAAUUCGUCCGCUUAUCUGCUAAUGGCAGCGUUUAUCUCUCUCAAAGGCUAACAAUUAAAGCAACAUGCCCAAUGCACCUGGAGAAAUUCCCAAUGGACUCGCAGAAAUGCCCACUGUUUGUAGCUAGUUUUGCCUAUGGUUCUAAUGAUGUAUCGUAUAAAUGGCGGUAUGGAGAUCUGAAAGCUGUGUCUAUAGCAGGUGGUAUGACCAUGUCACAGUUUGAUCUGAUUAAUAUAGAAGCCAGCCAUUUUACAGAAUUCUUUAAAGGAGUUCCACAUUCUAUCGUGUCAGUAAAUUUUCACCUAAGAAGACAUACUGGUUAUUUUUUAAUCCAAGUUUAUGUACCCUGUUGUUUAUUGGUUGUACUAUCGUGGGUAUCAUUCUGGAUCAACAGGGAGGCCACGGCGGACCGAAUAGCGUUAGGAACAACAACAGUAUUGACAAUGACAUUUUUGGCACUGGAUAGUCGAGAUGAUCUACCACGCGUUUCUUAUAGUACAGCUCUGGAUGUGUAUGUUGCAAUGUGUUUCCUCUUUGUGUUCGCGUCAAUAGUCCAGUUUGCAGGAGUACAUCAUUUUACCAAAUAUGGAAUAGCAGAAAAACAAGAAGGAUUUGCAGCCAGCGAUGAUAGUGAUGAUGAUAGCGAGGAAGAACGCUACAUACAUGAAGAACGUAUAAACGUACAGCGUACAGAUUCUGUUGCUAAACAUGGAUUUUGUUACAUGUGUGUUCAGUGUUUAGGAAAAUUCUUAAAAUGUUUAUUACAUUCUAGAAAUAAUAAGUUCAAAAGACACGUGCGGAACGCGCUAGGACUUAACAGUGUGAGUAAAAUAGACAAGGUGUCAAGAGUUCUCUUCCCCAUGGCCUUUACCACAUUAAAUAUUGUUUAUUGGGUUUCGUAUCUUACGCAUUAAAUAUUCUAGUUUGUCUCUUUUACAUAAAACAUUUUACGUGCAGACAGUUAAAAGUCACUCUCAGAUUACUCGUUUGUGAAUAUCUGUAAUAAUAUGCGUUAUUCAGUUUCGUAGAGAAAUGAUUUGCACCGGGACAAUCAAAUUCAAAGACUUCACCAUUCGAACCAGUGGUUGUCGCCAUUACACGUCACGGGAUACGACCGCAAAAUGGGAAAGGCACCAUGACUUUAGAGAACGACCGUACCUUCCGACGUGUACAAUCCCGACCAACCAGUUAUAUCAGAUUCAUCAUGUCAGAUUCAGCAGUUUUUGCUGGUUUCUGAUAGAUUUGCCGUUUCCUAGGGCGUCAUAAGCCCACCAUUUAUAUUAGAUUCGUCCGGUCGGAGGUGGCCAGCAGUUUUUGCUGGUUACUGAUAGAUUUGCCGUUUCUUAGGGCGCCAUAAGCCCACCAGUUAUAUCAUAUUCAUCCGGUCGUAGGUGGCUUAAGCCAGCAGUUUUUAUUGGUUUCUGAUAGAUUUGUCGUUUCCUAGGGCGUAUAAGCCCGUCGUAACGUGUUGUAGUAAAUUAUCUGAUCUCUGAUAUCUUGGGCCACCAUCAGACAACCACUGAAGGAAAGUUGAAUAUUGUCCUUUCUCUCUAUCGUUGUUGUAUCUCCUUAGUCUCAAAUUUACCCAAGAAAAGAAAAGUUUUGACGGGUCAUUUCGUUCAUAUCAUCGUAGUGGACCAAUUGCUGUUAGAUCUUAUUAUUUGACUAUGUACAGGUAUGUUAAUUACGAGAUCCGCAGUGGUUCAGUGAGUAAGACACCGGCUCACUAAACAGGUUGUCUCAGGUUCGCUUCCGGUGUUGUCCGAGAGAUUUUAUUGGGACUUUUAGGCGGGGUUCCCCCCUUGUCAUUGGUGCAGUGUCUUGUCGUUCGGAUGGAACGAAAAAACAAGGAUUCGUGUACACUUGGCGUGCACGUAAAAAAGUCCGUGAUCGUUGAAAUUCAGAAUAAGAGUAGUCUGUCCGGGCAAACUGUUACAGCACACUAUACGGCGUAUGUAUAUAUGUUGCCAUUAGCCUAGUCAGUACAGACCAGUAGGACGUUAAACCCCAUUUCAUUUCACGUGUUCAUUACAUUAUGUGUAUAUGAUAUGCAUAUUAUUUAACUGAAUAUGUAAUGACCAGCCUAAUUUUUAAAACAUCGAAUAAAAGGUA